AUGUUCAUUUUCCCAUCUUCUUCUUCUUUUUCUCUACAAAACUCUUUACUAUAUUUAACGGCAAACCUUUCGUCUCAUGUCGACCCGAAGGUGUUUCAUUGGUCGCGAAUACAGAGGACUUUUUUGAGGAUCUACAUAAAAGGCGCCAGAAACAACCCAACUUGCUCAAAAUCGUUCACACUAUCUCAAAAUUCAACUGAUUUGGACCUAAAAAUCAAUCAAGAUCAACUAAUCAAAUGUGGAUUCCGUGCUUGGCCAAAGCCAAAUUCAAAAUUGAUGCUGCUAUCAGGACAAGUGAUUGUGGCAUUCCAUCCGACACUAGUCACACCAUCGGACCGUGCAUUUAGAGCCCAUUGUGAAUUUGAGGAUUUUAAGCAAGAAACGGAGAUUGGGCUGGAAGACCUUAUUCAAACCCACGAAAUGAUUCUUGGCAAUUUCGAAUUGCCAGAAAUUACGAUGAGAGUGUUAUCAGCUGGUGAAGAGUCUUUGAGAAAAAACAAAACAAAUCAAGAAAUGAGGGUCCUAAAAGUUGGGGAUCCUAUCAUUUUCGAAUGGAAAUUGGAAGAGGAGCAUGGUAUUUUCGGGAUUCAAAUCGAGAGAUGUUCUGCUGAAACUGAGGAAAUCGGAAAAGGGAUGAAGAUUCUGGAAAAUGGAUGUUCUCUGGACGAAGAGCUAAUUUCUGAUACAACGUCUUCUUCAGAUUUCUCAAAAAUAUACGCAAACUCUUUGGCUUUUAAAUUCCCCGAAGAGCAUGUUGUCUAUAUUCGAUGCGCGGUUAGGACUUGUGUGAAGAGUUUUCUGAUUACAUAUUCUCAAAUAAUUCCCCAAGUAUCUUAUUAA